AUGGCGGAUAACGCAAGUACGACCAACGGAGUCGUCAAAGCAGAGACGAGCAAGCAGAAUAGGGAGGCGUUGAAUCUGAAGCGGGGUCGCGAGGCUUCCCUUGAACCAUCCCACCCCGAAGCGCUUACACCCACCACCACCUCACUCAAGAAGAACCGCCUAGAAGAGGACGGGGAUGGCAGUCCCACCCGCACUUCGCCCAUUCCGGAAGACCCACCCACUGCCAAGCCCGCAGAGACACGUACGGUCGGCGAGGUGCGGCGGAAGGUUGAGAAGAUGUCGCAUGCCGAAGGGGAGGAUGGAGGGGGGACGGACAUUGAGCUGGAUGAAGGGGUGGGCAAGGAGAAAGAGAAGGAGAAGGAUCUGAAGCGGAAGGCUCUGGAUCGCGCUGAGAGUGGGCUGUCUAUCAGUGAGAACGAGGCGAAGAGGCCGAAAGAUACUCCUUCUCCACCACUGAAAUCGACCUCGGCGGAUCCUGCAGCAACAUCGUCGAAUGCUACACCAGCGGCUGUUCCUGCACCUGCACCAGCCGUCAAGAAGCCUCAAGCGACAUUCGGCGCAUUCUCAUCUACUUCCUCUCCCUUCGCUAAGCCCUCAGCAGCGUCUGGCUCGGGCUCCGCCUUCGGGAGCGCCAGCACCAGUACCGGUGCGAGUGCGAAGCCAUUCUCCUCCUCUGGCUUCGGCGGCUUCUCGGGCUCUUCUUCGCCCUUCUCGUCAAAGAAGACCUCGGCGUUCGGGUCGGCGGCUGCCGCGUCCGGCACUGGGGCCGCGGCCGCUGAGGUUAGCAAGAAGAACGGGAUUAAGGCGGACAAGGCAGAUGGGGAGGAUGUUGACGGGAAGACCAAGGACGAGGACGAGAUCGAUGGGGAAGAGACGAAAGGGAAGAAGGCGGACUUUGGGGAUAUAUUGUCGGGCGUGGGUGAUGAGGAUGAGGAAGCCAAGGACAGGCCGCAGAUGACUGAGAAGGACGUGGUGACAGGGGAAGAAGACGAAUACACCAAGUUCCAAAUGCGGACCAAGCUCUACGUGAUGCAAUCUGACAAUUCAUGGCGAGAACGAGGGGUCGGGGUGCUUCGCCUGAAUGUCCGGAGAGGAGAUGGACACGGGGCGAGAUUAGUGAUGCGUGCAGAAGGCGUACUGAGGCUCAUAUUGAACGUCUCGCUGUAUGUCGGGAUGACGUGUAUGGAGGAUGGGAAACAUGUGCGGACGACGGUAUUUGAGGAUGGGGAGCGGAGAUUUGUGACGUUCAGGACUGGAUCGGCCAAGGCAGCGCAGGAAUUGGCAUCGAAUAUCACGGAAUGGGUCCCGCUAGAGACGAGCUCGACCAAAUCGCCCGAACCUGCGAAGGACGAAGGACCAGAGGGUGGGUGGUAG